GUUUGUGGCAAGAACUAUCCUCUGUUGGAACGCAGGUGUUCGGCUGCACUAGAAAAAACCACCAUAUCCCUACCAUCACCCAGAAGUUAUAUGCCUAUGUGAGGCAGCGCGACCCCAUCGAUGAAUUAAUUGCUGUUUGAUGUGAAUCGAGCCCACCUCACACGGAGGUCUGCGACGCCAUCAGAUUUAAAAACGCAGUGUGAGACUUCAGCUUCUGGACACAAGAUGAGUCAGUGGGAAGCCAUUUUGAAGCUACCGGAUGUAUUCCAAGAGGAAGUCCAUAAUGUCUACAGCCAGGAAAUUCUUCCUGUGGAGGUGCGACAGUACCUAGCUCACUGGCUGGAAUCACAAGACUGGAAGCUGGCAGCAAGAGAUUGGUCGCUGGCCACCAUUCUGUGUCAGAAUCUUUUUGAACAUCUGGACAUACAUUACAGCCGCUUUACAGAUGCUCGGGAAGUCGUGCAGGCUAAUAGCAUGCGUAAUUUCAAGCUGAAAGUACAGUCUCAGUACCAGGAAAAUCCAAUGCACCUCGCAGAACUGAUCCGUGAACUUCUAGUAAAGGAGAAACAGAUUAUUUUAGAUUCUCAAGAAUCACAGUCACAGAAUGGACAGCAAGCUCAAUUACCAAUGAAGACAGGACAGCAAAGUAAAAUAGAGCAGCGUGUUAAUGAAGUGAAAGAACAUGUCAUGCUUCUUGAUCAAGAAGUUAAGUUUUUGGAAGAGCAACAGGAAAUCUUCGACUUUAGAUAUAAGACUUACAAAAUACAAUUGGCUUCACGUCCUACAGAUCCAGACCUCAAGAAAAAGCUUACGGAGCUUCAGGCCCAGGUGAACGACCUAGACAGAAAACGAAGGGAGAUACUUGACCAAGUUAAGCAACUCCUGGGGCUGUGCGAGACCCUUCUUGAUUUUCUGAAGGAAGAAUUGUCUAAUUGGCUUCAAAGGCAAAGAUUAUUCUGCAUUGGAGCUGCGACGAACACUUGUCUCAAGAAGCUCGAAACCUGGGUGACAAAGACAGUUGAAGUGUUCUUCCAGCUGAAACGUAUCCUGUGUAACCUUGGUGAGCUUCCAAAGCAAGUAUCAUAUGAAGGAGACCCCUUAAAAAUUGACCCUCCAAAACUACUGGAACGACUGCUUGAAAUGCUGCGGUGUCUUCUCCAGAGAUCAUUUGUCAUAUCUAAGCAGCCAAUUAUGGCCUAUCCAUGCAAGAGACCUUUGGUACUGAAAACCAGCACCCAGUUUUCUGUGGGUGGCAGAUUCCUUGUGAAUUUCCAGGAGCUCAGACACAACAUGAAGGUCUCUCAUACAAUAGAUAAGUAUCCUCCAGACAUCAAGGGAUAUCGCAGAUUUAAUUUGCUUGGUACACAAGACAAGGCAUUGGAAUAUACGAAAGAGGAGGAGUUGGCAGUAGAGUAUAAACAUUUGACACUGAGAGAACAAAAAGCUGGUGGCGGAGGAAAAGGAAGUAAAGGUGCAAAUGAUGGCUUGUUGAGUGUCAUGGAAGAGCUUCACAUCAUUACCUUGAAGACUCAGUUCAACUAUGAGGGAGUGAAGUUGGACAUAGAGGCUAGUACUUUGCCUUUUGUUGUGAUCUCCAACCUCACUCAGUUUGUACGAGCAUGGGCAUCGGUAUUGUGGUUCAACCUGAUUAGCCCUGACCCCAAGGAUGUGGCUUUUUUCUCCAAUCCUCCAGCUGCUCCAUGGAUUCUGGUAGCAGAUGUGCUUAGUUGGCAAUUCUCGUUCUGCACGAAACGGGGUCUGAAUGCAAACCAGCUGCAAAUGCUAGGAAAGAAGCUAUGUGGAUCAGUACCAAAUGAGGACAGCAUUGUGACAUGGAAUAAGUUCUCAAAGGAAAAUAUGCAUGGUGUAUCCUUCACCUUUUGGGAGUGGUUUGAUGCAGUUUUAGCUCUUGUGGUAGCACGCCUAUUAGACAUCUGGAAUGAUAGCCAUGUGAUGGGGUUUGUGAGUCGGAUUACAGAGGAAGAUCUUCUGAAGACCAAGCAACAGGGUACCUUCCUCCUUCGCUUUAGUGAAAGCAUGCGUGAUGGAGGGAUUACAUGUUCCUGGGUGGACCACCAGCCUGAUGGAACCUAUUUAAUCCAGUCUGUUGAGCCCUUCACCAAAAAGGAGUUAUGCCAUAUCCCCCUCACAGAGAUCAUCCGGAACUACCAACUUCUGACCGAGGAAAACAUCCCGGAGAACCCCCUGAAAUAUCUGUAUCCCAAUAUCCCUAAGGAUGAAGCUUUUGGGAAGUAUUAUGAGGAGAGAACUGAAGUAAACUUGGAAUACCAAAGGUACAUGACGCGCAGGCUGAUCAUGGUUUCUGAAAGGAAUGUGGAUGACUCACACAGCAGUAUUGCUUCAGGAACACCCCAAUAUUUUUCAGAUACCUCACAAAGUGAGCAUGAAAUGUGUCUGCAAGACCCAGCUGAAUAUCUCCAAGAUGUUGCAGUCCCGGAUAACUUGAAUCAGAUGACAAUGGAUGAGGUUUUUAUAAAUCCAGGCAGCGAUCCAAUGUUCUCAGUCCUCACUUAAUAAUGAAAUCUUCCAGGAACGUUUUCUCAACUUCCAUUAUCUACAAUGUACAAAGUGAUAGAAGAAGUGCUCAUUUUGGGAAAUUCAAAGACAGUGUGCGUGUUCAGUGAUGUAUACCAUCAGGGAGGAAGUGCAGGUUGCAAUUGUAUCUCUGCGCAGUAGGUUACAAGGUAUUUAGAGCAUUCCUGUGUAUUAAAUCAUGACCAAACUCCUUUUUCAUUUCUGACCACGCCGUCUUGUG